AUGAACGCAAACAACAGAAACGAUCCACUUACUAAAUUACAAAAUAUGGCCAAGACUGAGAGUAUCAGAAGGCUUCAAUCAAUACAAUUAGGAAAAUCAAAUUUUGAAAGUCCUUCCAUGAUGAGUGUCGGUUCUCCAAAUAAUAUUCAUUCGUCUCCAGUCUCUCAAGAUUUUGCUAUUAAUCCUGCUGUUGAACAACUUACGGAUUGGAAGAAUCAAUUCAAUGACAGACUAUCUCAGGUUCAAGAAGAAUUGUUAAUGUUCCUGACACAAAAACAUGUAUCACAGGAGGAAUUGGCAAUUUUGAUCAAAAACACAUUUUCGGAUUUUAAAAUUUCAAUUUCAGAAUUAUUGAAUACUCUCACAUUGUUAAUGAAAAAGUUUUUAAAGAAAUCUAAAAAGCUUGUUCAAACAGCAGAUAGUCAGUGGGAAGUUAUUGUAUUGGAUCUUAACAAUCAACUCGAGCAUGUUUCUAGAGCUAGAGCAGUUGAGGAAGAAAAGAGAAAGGAAUUGGAAAAGGAAGUUAAAAUGUUAAGACAAAAGAUGAAGUCAAUGAAGAUUGAAAUGGUAAAACCAAAAGAAGAUCAAUAUCAACAAUUGGUAAAUUCAAUUCAAUCAAACCCUUCCUCUCCAGUAGCCAAGGCAAGAGGUGUUGCAACUCCAAAGGGCUCUCCAACAAGAACACCAAACAAGAGUCCAAGAACACCAGCAGGAGGAAAGAAACCAUUAACUUCUCCAAAAACAAAGACUCCAGCUAAACCUGCCGAAGAACCAGUCGUCACAGUUGAACCAGUUCCAGUUGUGACUGAAUCACCUAAAGUUGAAGAAUCUGUUCCAGAAGUUAACGAACCAGAAGUUGUUGAACCACCUAAGGAAGAACCCCCAAAAGAGGAACCACCUAAGGAAGAAACUACUCAAGUCGAGCCAAAGAAGGAUGAAGAAGAGGAAGUAGACGAAAAGGAUAGUAGACGAGACAGAAGAGGAAGAAGAGGAAAGAAAGACGAUGAAGAGGAAGAAGAAGAGAAACCUACAUCAAGAAGAGACAGAGGAAGAGGAAGAAGAGGUAAAAAGGAUGAUGAAGAAGAGGAAGAAAAAGAAGAGGAAAAGGAAGAAAGAGGCCGUGGCAGACCUUCACGAAGAAACAAGAAGAAGGACGAAGAUGAAGAGGAAGAAGAGGAAGAGGAGAAACCUACAAGAAGAGUACGUGACAGAGGAGACAGAAGAAAGAGAAAUGAAUGA